CCCACCUUCAAGGCCUUGACCUCUCGCCACCAUGAACCGUCCUCAACAAACCGUAUUUUCGCGCCUGAAGAAUCUUAACACGCUUGCUAUCAACACUUUCGGUUCUUUCUUCUCCACUGCUGCUAAUGACAAUGAGGACGACGAAACGAUCUUAAGCGACGAAAUCUGGGAUCCUGCUUCUGACUUUCAAGCGCGCGCAUAUACGCCUACUACUCUGACGCCUGCUCGCGAAUGCCUGCUAAAACUCUCUCGAUCUUGCUCUAUAAGUACCCGCGACUAUGAUGAUAUCCCGCUUGAAGACCUCUCACGAACUACUUUCUCUGACGACACGCCACCUCUGACGCCUGCAGCUGAACAUGAACAUUCUCUUGAAAUUCGCUUGGGAAAGCAACCCGUUCGAGAAAUGUGGGAAGAUGAAGACGAAUGGUAUGGCUUGGAAUACACCCUAGAGAUGAGUAGGCGUGCUUCGAGUGGGUCAGCUGGGGAAAAUUCUCGGAGUCGUGAAUCGUGGGCAGCUCUCCAAGAUGAUUCGGACGAAGUGGCAUACAAAGAAUGGCAGCAGUGGCGCACGUACCUCGAUUACCGCCGGGCAAUUGAGUACGAUGGAUAUUCGAUGAAUAUGGCGUUGUGGUACGUUGAGGAGAGGGCGCUGUGGAACGUGUAUCACUGGGAGCUGGACGAACACGGCUAUGUCAGUGAGGAAGUGAAGGAGCGCCUGGUACAAUGCCCUCCGGAUCCGUAUUAUCCUAGGCGCCAGAAGAACCUUGGGUGGUACUUGAAGAAGUCGAGGUCGAUUGGAUGCUUGAGGGAGCUGGAACCUGUGGUUUUGUAA